AACCAACUCUGUUGAAUGUUAAAAGCAUUCAGUUUAUUUCAGGUUUGGGAACUUCCCAGAAGCCCAGAGCUGUCAGAUCCCAUUACAGGAUUUCACUGCUCCUCAGAGUAUUUGUUCAUAUUUUCAUGCGUGGCAGCGCAGAAGUGAAAAUACACCUGAGUCAGCAAAGCCUGUGGUGUGAUCUCUAGCCUUGUCCCUUCACUCUUCUUUUUCCAUUAUGUUCACCACACAAGUGUUCCUAAGGACUUCUUGAAGCUCCAAAGAGAUGAACACUUCAAAUUCUACUGCUGCUCUCAUUUUCUGACAGAUUUCCCCACUGCCCCUGACUUUAUUAUUACUGACCUUCUUUUACAGAAGGCAUGUUUAUGUGUUCAUAAAAUGUCCCCUUUUCCCAUACAGACAAUAAGUUUUAGGUUUAUUGUAGUUUCUACUCAAUUGCCUGCAACACAUAUUGAGUCUAAUGCUCCUCCAUAGCUCCCCAGACCAACUCUCCUCUCCCCAGAUCUUCCAAAUCCUUCAAAGCAUUGCAGAACCACAGACUGAUUCUUAAGACAUCAAUGCUGGGAAAGCUGUUUGGAAAGUACCUACACCUAUUCUUGGCCUUUUCAUCACUGGAACUCUUCAGGCCUCGAGGCAGGCUCUAUCUCGUCACAGAAUGACAGAAAGGCUGGAGAUCAUCUAGACCAAACACUCUACAGAAAACAGAGUCAUCUAGAGCAGGUUGCUUGGGGCAACAUUGCCUUAGGUCUUGACCAAAUCUUGAGACUCCACAACUUAUCUGGACAACUUAUUCCAAUGUUCCAGUAUUCAACCCGUUUGGUUUCAGUCAUACAUCCUGUGUUUCAGUUUGUGCCCAUUGGCCCCCAUCCUAUCAGUGGAUUCUCCAGAGAAGAAUCUAGUUUUCCUUCUUAGAAUCAAAGAAUCAUAGAAUGGUACAGCACUUAAUCCUGUACGGAGGGGUGUGAUUUUAAAUACUUAAGAGAACAUUCCUGGUUUUGUUGGCUCACCUUCUCUAUCACUCAAAUACCAAAAUUAAAAGCAAGGAAACCAUGGAGGGGUUGCACACUUCCAGUUUACACCAUCAGCAAAGUGUAUUUAGUGUCUUUGUUCAAGUUGGGCCUACAGAGCAGCCUCUGCGCCACUGAUGGCAUUGCAGAGCAUUGCCUGGACACACAGCUACUCCCUUGCACAAGCUCUGCUAUGGAAGUCACACAGCAUUGGCAAGAGGUGGACACAAACUGGGAAGAGGCUGCUAUUGUCUUCUGUUACCAGUGCUUGGGAAACUGAUUUACAGCCCAUCUGCAGAAGCAGAGGGACACCUAGGAGGCCAGCAGGGAGCUACUCACAGGAGCACACAGGGAAGGGGAAGCAAGGCCUCGAUGAGGGACAGUCUCCUUCCAACACAGCUUUAUUUGCCUCUCGACUCAAGUUCAAACAGCUGUGGCUCAGGGCAGGACCAGCAACAAGCGCUACUCAGUGACAUCAGCUCAGGCAUCUCCAGCCAGCCUGGCCUUGGGCACCACACGCUGAUGUCACUGUGAUGACACAAGGGCACCACAGUGAUGCCUGAGCAUCUCCCACUGGAACCCCCAGGCAGUGCCAGUGGAUUUCCCUUGCCAGAAGGCAGGGCAAACACUGGCUCAUUGCACAAAUGGCUGCACGUGCAACCUUUGGAAAAAAACGAGACAGGAGAUAUUGAAAUGGAGUUGUCUGCAGCAGAAACAGCCUCUGCUGCUGAUCCUGAGGAGCUGAUUGAGACUUCAGGCUCCGCUUCUACAGACCCUACAGGACACAAUCAAGCACCAGCUGGCCAUGCUGCUGGAACAUCAAUACAAGAAGAACAGGACUCCCAGAUGUUUCCAGAAGAAGAGGAAACCAAAGGUUUACCUAGCAGUUCUUCUGAGGAAAGUGCUGGCCUAGCCAGUGUCUUCUCAUGCCUCAGCUUCCCACAAAAACUCUGGGUACUGGUGGAAAGUGACCAAGUGAAGAGCAUUCAGUGGGGUCACGGAGGAAAUUGCAUUGUAAUCCAGGAAGAAAUGUUCAAGGUGGAAGUUCUGGCAAGGGAAGCACCUGCGAGAGCCUUUGAGAGUACCUGCAUGAAGAGCUUUGUUCGCCAGCUGAACCUGUAUGGCUUCACCAAAGUGCCACAGCACUUGGAAAGAUCUUUCCUUCCUCAAUUUCUGGCCGAGGGAGAAGCAUUUUCUGCCCAUAGGAAGUUACUCCUCUACUCUAGCCCACACUUCAGAAAAGAUUAUCCGCAGCUGCUGGGACACUGCAAACGAAGAGUAGCUCACAAGAGAAGACCCAUGGCUGCCCCUGUCCCUGUCCCUGCCCCUGCCCUGCAGGAGGCUCUGAAUAAGAACCCCCAGAAGAGCAGCCCAAAUGGCCAGCCCACACAGGGAGUGGCUGCUGGGCCAGUGAGGGGCCUGCAGGCAGCAGAGCCACAAGGCACACAGGCAGCAGCGCCCAUGGGGCCCCCGCCAGCCAAGAGCCCUAAGAAUGACACCCUCCGAGCCCAAGGAGGCAAUGUUCACAUCCUACCAGGCCCUGCUGCAGCAACAGCACCGGAACACUGCCAGGUUCUGCCUUGCUCCAUGCUGCCACCGAGCAGCAGCCAGACGCUGGUUGCCACUUGUGUUCCUCCAUCACAGGGCACCCUGCCAUUCCUGCUCCCCUCUUUCACACCUGGCUGUCCUCAGCAGGAGCUUCUGCAGCCCCCAGAAACACCACAGCUGCAGGCUCCCUGGGCCGCCCUGACUUUCCUUGACUCCUGCUUCGCAAUGGCCAUGAGGGCAGCAGCCAUGAUGAUGCCACCAGACUGGCAGCCCCAUGCAAUCCCACACUGCCCAACGUGUACCUGCAGCCGGCACCAGGCAGAUGCAGGUCAUGGGACAGCUCCAUAGUGUGGGACCCACUGCAGGCAGUGGGACAGAAGCCCCUACUUACACAUCUCUAAGCUGUAGCUCAUAGGUGAAUAGCUGCAGAAAUAACACCUAUCAGUAAUUCACCUUAUUAGUUCUCAUACCCCUUUGUUUACAUCUUUAACUACUUAUUAAUUCAAUUCUUCUGGAAAUAAAAUGUUUCAAUAAUAAAC